CAUCGACGCUAAAUGUUUGCAAACAGCUGAUGUAAACGGCAAAGUGGCAAAUGCAAAAUAAAACGCCAAAAUGGAUUACGAUUUUAAAAUGAAAACCCAAAUGGAGCGCACAAAGGUGGAGGACUUGUUCAACUACGAGGGCUGCAAAGUGGGACGCGGCACUUACGGUCACGUCUACAAGGCCAAGUGGAAGGAAACGAGCGACGGCAAGGAGUACGCACUGAAACAAAUUGAUGGCACUGGUCUCUCCAUGUCCGCCUGUCGCGAAAUCGCUCUGCUACGCGAACUAAAACACCAGAAUGUUAUCACACUGAUUCGUGUGUUUCUCUCGCACAGCGAUCGAAAAGUGUUCCUGCUAAUCGACUAUGCCGAGCACGAUCUGUGGCACAUCAUAAAGUUCCAUCGAGCAGCCAAGGCAACCAAGAAGCAGGUGGUUGUGCCACGGGGUAUGGUGAAGAGUCUGCUCUAUCAGAUACUCGAUGGCAUUCACUAUUUGCACAGUAAUUGGGUGCUGCAUCGAGAUCUUAAGCCUGCCAACAUUCUUGUCAUGGGCGAUGGCAAUGAGCGUGGACGUGUCAAGAUCGCAGAUAUGGGAUUUGCCCGAUUGUUCAAUGCUCCUCUGAAACCGCUGGCGGAUUUGGAUCCCGUCGUCGUCACAUUUUGGUAUCGUGCUCCAGAACUUUUGCUUGGCGCUCGGCAUUAUACGAAAGCUAUUGAUAUUUGGGCCAUUGGUUGCAUUUUUGCCGAGUUGCUCACAUCUGAGCCGAUUUUCCACUGCCGUCAGGAGGACAUUAAGACUAGCAAUCCCUAUCAUCACGAUCAGCUGGACCGCAUCUUUAAUGUGAUGGGAUUUCCACAAGACAAGGACUGGGAGGACAUCAAGAAGAUGCCCGAACAUCAUACGCUCACCAAGGACUUUAAACGCUCCACCUACUCCGCCUGCUCGCUGGCCAAGUACAUGGAACGUCACAAGAUCAAACCCGAUAGCAAAGCAUUCCAUCUGCUGCAGAAGCUGCUGCUGAUGGAUCCCAACAAACGCAUCACCUCCGAGCAGGCGAUGCAGGAUCAGUAUUUCCAAGAGGAGCCGGUGCCGACGCAGGACGUCUUUGCCGGUUGCCCCAUUCCGUAUCCGAAGCGUGAGUUCCUCACGGACGACGACCAGGAGGACAAGUCGGACAACAAGCGACAGCAGCAGCAACAACAGCAGCAGCAACAACAACAGCAGCAACAGCAACAACAACAGCAGCAGCAGCAACAACAAAUGAAUCCCAACGAGCCAAAUGCGAAGCGAGUGCGUUUGUCUGGCGCAGGAAAUCAACAGGAUUUCCACCAUCAGCAGCAGCAGCAACAACAGCAGCAGCAGCAACAACAACAGCAACAGCAGCAGCAACAACAGAUGAUGUUCAAUCAGCAACAAAGUUUCCAGCAACGCUUCAACUGAGACUGAACUCCCACACUCUUUAUGUUGUCCAUAUCCAUUUCUCAUAAUUUAAUUUAAAAAAAUUAAAAACCCCAAACUAAAUAUUAAAUAAUGCGUCUAAAUAUUGUAU